AUGAAUCCUAUGUUUUACUUCCUUCUUGCCCUAACAACUAUUUUGGCUGCCACCGCAAACGCCGGGCCAGUUCUCGACGUGAAUGGUGAUAUCAUAUUCGGUGGCAGUUACUACGUUCUCCCCCUCAUCUGGGGCCCUACAGGUGGUGGCCUAACUCUCGUCUCCCGUGGUGGCAACCAAUGUCCCCUCUUUAUCGGACAGGCGCGUUCAGAGGUCAACAGGGGCAUUCCCGUGAAAUUCUCAAACUGGAGGUCUAGAGUUGGGUUCGUUCCUGAAUCAGAAAACCUCAACAUCCAGAUGGAUGUCGAACCUAAGGUCUGCGCUCGGUCAACUUAUUGGUGGGUCACUCCAGCCCCCAGUCCCUGGAGAUCGUUGUUCAUAGCGGCUGGUCCUAAGCCAGAAGCUGGAGGAGAAGAUUCGUCAAGGAGUUUCUUCCAGAUCAAGAAAACUAGUGCAAACUUUCACGCUUACAAGUUUGUAUAUUGUAGUGACGGUAACGAUUGCAUCGAUGUCGGUACAAACGUGGAAGGUGGCGUUCGGGGUUUGGUUAUAGGCUCUACCCCUCCAUUCGGUAACCCAUACGAGGUUGUGUUCGUGAAAGCUACUGAGACAGAGACUUCAUCCAAGACCAUGUCUAUUAUCUGA